CGGGGUUCAUCAGAAAUGCAAGUCCGACCGAAUCGCUUAAUCCAAAGACCUCGAACAGCGAAGUUAAACAGCACUAUUUCCCACAUAGUUUGCUUCCGUAAGGCAGUAACUUAUUACACAAAGAUAAAGCGUAACAACAUGUUCAGGUGACUGAAACUGCUUCUAUUUCUUUUCUCCACGGGAACGUUAUGUGUAGAGGACUUACUGCGGUUGCUUGGAGGACAACGCCUGGAUAAGGAAGAGAGCGCAACAUUUGCUGUUACUUCGGGACGGCAAUUCAUAAAGGAUACUUUACAAACAUGAUUCUUGCAGUAUGUUCUUGUCUCCCUCGAAGCGUGUGUGUGUUGUUGCUGCUUAUCGACUGUAUUGGAGGCUCAAUAUCCCAGCAGACCUCUCAGCUCACCUCGUAUGAAGUGACAGUACCAAGACGCAUCAGCAGACAGAGGAGAGACCAGGACAGUGCAGACAAGGUGUCAUACAUAAUCCAAGCUGAAGGGAAAGAACAUGUCGUCAUCCUGGAGAGAAACGAAUUGCUUCUUCCAGAGGAUUUCACUGUGUACUCUUAUGCCAAAGACGGCUCACUAGUCAUGGAGAGACCAAACAUGACAGGUCACUGUCUUUACCGUGGUUACAUAGAGGAUGUUGAGGGUUCUUCUGCUGCACUCAGUUUGUGCUCUGGGUUAAGGGGUGUAAUCAACACUGAGAGCACCAGUUUCGGCAUUGAACCAUUGGAAGGUUCCACCGGCAAUGAGCACUUGGUGUAUCGUUUGGAGGAUGUAGAGACAGAACCUCUCAACUGUGGGACGCCUCACUCUCAUGACCAUGAUGACAAAGCAUCGCCAAGGCAACCUAAAGAUAGUCAUGUCCAUAACAUUACAUUUGGCCAAGCUGGCAGCCAUCUAUCUAGGCGAAAGAGGGCAGUGCUGCACCAGACUCACUAUGUGGAACUGCUACUGGUGGUGGACAAUGAAAGAUUCAACUACAAAAACCAGAAUCAGACAGCAGUACGUGAGGAGAUGGUGCAGAUCGCUAACUAUGUUGACAGUAUGUAUAUUGCUCUGAAUAUUCGUAUAGUUUUAGUGGGGUUGGAGAUCUGGUCCCUGCAGAACCCCAUCAAUACAGACGGCAGUGCAGGGGAGGUGCUGGGCCGCUUCACUCAGUGGAGAGAGAAAGAACUGGCAAACCGUCGACGCCAUGACAGUGCUCAGCUCAUCCUAAAGAAAGGCUUUGGUGCAACAGCAGGCAUGGCUUUCGUUGGUACGGCUUGUUCCAGAAGUCAUGGAAGUGGAAUUAAUGCGUUCACCGGUAAUAAUAUAUUGUCAUUCUCCUCCAUCGUGGCUCAUGAGCUUGGUCACAAUCUUGGGAUGAAUCAUGAUGAUAAUCGAAACUGUAAAUGUGAAGUCGGAAACUGCAUCAUGGGCUCAGGAGCAAGUGGUUCUCGUAACUUCAGCAGCUGUAGUGCUGAUGACUUUGAGAAGAUGAUCUUAAACUCAGGUGGCCGUUGUCUUCUGAAUAUACCACGGCCAGAAGAGGCAUACAGCGCCCCCUUCUGUGGGAACAAGCUGGUGGACAUGGAUGAGGAGUGUGACUGUGGAUCAGAGGAAGAGUGCGAGAAGGACCCGUGCUGUGAACCGAAGACGUGUAAGCUGAGGUCUGGUGCUCAGUGUGCGUACGGAGUCUGCUGCAAAAACUGCAGGUUUUUAGCUGGUGGCACAGUUUGCAGAAGCAGCACUGAUGAAUGUGAUUUACCGGAGUACUGUAAUGGCACAUCAGCCCUCUGUCAGAAUGAUGUCUUUAAACAGAAUGGCCAUCCCUGCAAACAGGAUCAGGCGUACUGCUACAACGGCCAGUGCCAGCACUAUGAAACCCAGUGCCAGGCCAUAUUCGGCACUGAUGCUAAAGCUGCUCCUGAGCUGUGUUUUAAGGAUGUGAACUCCAAAGGUGAUCGCUUUGGAAACUGUGGAUACCAUUCCAGUGGUUUCAAGAGGUGUGAGAGCAGGAAUGCCAUGUGUGGAAAGCUCCAAUGUGAGAAUGUUCUCACGUCAGUCAUUUUUGGCAUCAAGCCGUCAAUCAUCCAGACCCCCAUCGCUGACAAAACGUGCUGGGGCGUGGACUUCCAGCUGGGCUCAGACGUGCCCGAUCCUGGCAUGGUCAAUGAAGGCACCAAGUGUGGAGAUAAAAAGGUUUGUUUGAAUUAUGAAUGCAGAAGCGCAGACGUGCUGAAUUAUGACUGUGACGUUGAAAAGAAAUGCCAUGGCCAUGGGGUCUGUAACAGCAAUAAAAACUGCCAUUGUGAAUAUGGCUGGAAUCCUCCAUUCUGUGAGGCCGCAGGGUACGGAGGAAGCAUCGACAGCGGCCCCACCUGGAAUGAUAAAGAUACCUCCACAAGAGAUGGGCUGCUUGUGUUUUUUUUCCUGGUGCUUCCUCUGCUGGCAUUGGCUCUGUAUGUCUUCUUCAAGAGGAAUGAGCUUAAGCAGCGCUUUUUCAGAAAGAAGCGCUCUCAGGGCUACGAAACUGACAGCAGACCGCAGACUACUGCAUCCCAGCGGGGAAACCCCAACAGUAUAGUAAAGGAUGGGAUGGUUCGAACUAAUAAAUCUGCUUCUGUGCCAUCUUAUGCCACCAGACCACCACCACCUCCGCUUGCACGACCACCUGCUCCAACCCAACAACUCAUGCCUCAAAGACCAGCGCCUGCCCCCCCAGUAUAACACACAUGUGAGAUGGACGAUGGAUGGGUCUUGUGUAAAUGUGCAAUGGGUGGAGUCGAGGAGGAAUCAGGUGGUCGCACACUCCCCACUUAUUUCCCCGUCGGUCUGUACAACUGUCAACUGUCAAUCAAACAAAGGGACAGUCACUGUUGUGCAAAGAACCUCCACUAGCAAUACAUCACAGAGUUCAGGGUGGGAGCAAGAGAACUUGUUAGCAAUCAAACAGCUCCCAUCUGUCUCUGAUCAAACAAAAGAUGUAAUUGGCAACAGACUGAUAUACUAAUUGUGUUCAGAUUUUUAUGUGCUAUAUAGGACCACUGCGACUGAUUGCACUUCGGUAAUAUUCACUGUUUUAUAGAAAUCAAACAUGGUUCUCCAGGGGGGGAAAAAAGUUGUUAAGUGUAAAUGACAAAUGGAAAAAUGCUAUAAUUUACUGUACUAGGUAUCCCUAAGAAAUUACAUCUUUAUCAAGUUACUCACAGUAUCUAAAUGGCCCUUGGUAACUACAAAUCAUUCUUUGUGCACUGUGUAACAUAAUAACUUGCAUUCAGGUUUUCUAAUUCUGCAGUGCUUUGCUUUAUUAGAGAAAAGACACAAAAACAUUUUAAAUUGAAUUUUGUUGCUUCUUAACAGAGUGAUUUAAAUCUAUAAUUUUACCAUUUAUGCAUAGUUGUUUUUUAUUUUUACAUAGCCUACUUUUAUUUAUAUGUAACGUUUUGAGAAAAUCUAUUUUUUACUUUAUUUGCCAAGUGAUAUUCUUUCUCCUUUAAGGCAAAAAGUCAGGUAAACAUAUGAAUACUUUUCUUUUCUUUUUUAAAUACAGAAAACUCUUAACAUUGAAAUAAAAAAAGUUGAAGCAUUUCUCCUGUCGAUUUAAAGGGCUACAUGACUUUAUGCAUGAUAUCACAUACUAUGCCAUAAAUACCAAGUUACUUACUUCCUAAAAGGUUUAAAAAAUAAAAUUGUGUCUGCAUGAUUCAUUUACUUGUGAAAGACAAAUAUCCAUGAGAUGAGCAUUAUUUGAUAUAGAUGUGUAUAGUUCAGUAUAUGUGUCAAGUCAUGCACCCUUAAGCACACAACCAGUUGUGACAUGCCUCUGCUGACCACCAUAGCAAACUCAGCCAAGUGCCAUACAGUACAGUACAUGUCUGAUAAUAAUGAGUAUUAUUUUACAUCACUGUGUAAUAUUAAUGUGUACGAUUGAAUGAAUGAUAGAUUUUCCCCUUCUUGCACUGCAUUUCCAUUCAUGUAAGUUACAGGUGAAGCAGCUGAUAGCAGUUGAUGUUUUACAAAUCAAGGAUAGACUCAGUUGUCUUUGGCUAAACCUUUUGCGUGUUUGUGAUGAUUUUGGUUUUGCAUAUGAAAAUAAAAAUCACUGGUAUGUUUUUAAAUAUGCUGUAAAGUGCA